AUGUCCCGAUUAGUAGAUACAAAAAAGCCAUCUACUCCAAUAUUACUGUGGGCCUCAAACAUCAAGCCCAAGGAUCUUCAAACUUGGAGCGUCUCCAUCCCCUUUGGAAACGAGGAUCAGCCAAUUGAAUUAAAGAACCAGGACGACGCCACGAAACUACCUUCAACGAGCAUUCUCUCAGAUGUCUUUAACAAACUGUCUAAAAGAGCUAUACAGGUCAUUGUUGAAGUACCAAUUUCAGAGACGACAGAUUUACAGAAACAACUGGAUCUAAAAUUAGAAGAGAUCGCAUAUUUACAGAAACAACUGUCGGAUCUACAAGCUCGACAGGUCGAUCAAACUAAUAAUGAUUUGAGAGCCACAGAGAUAUCAACUCUUGAGGAACUGCGGCAAGUCCUUCGCCAACAUUUUGAGAAAAUUGAUGAAGACGAAUACGAAUACAUCCAAAUAUAUGUGCAUGAUGGGGUCACCCUUCCAUCUAAGCAAUUUUCGUCAUGGACCUGGAAUGACGUCGUUGUAGAGUAUAAAGUGGCAGCAUAUCCGGGAGCCCUACCAGAUUUUAAGAUUGAGGUCAGCGAUUUGACAAUUGAAGAAGCGAAUAUGCUCGAUCAAGUUGUGAAACAGUGUCUCUCAGGAACAAUGUCUAUAUAUUUGUGGGUAAGCGCGGUCAAGGACCGUGGACUUCGCUUACUUGAGCGCCACAUGGAUCUCAAAUUCUUGUAA